CAAAAUUAUCUCAUGCGGUUUGGGUACCUGCCGCAGAGCGAUCUGGAAACCGGAAACCUGAGGACAGACGAUCAGCUGCGGGACGCGAUAAGAAAUCUCCAGAGUAACGGUGGAAUACCUGUGACUGGUGAGAUAGACGAGGCGACGAAGAAACUAAUGAGAUCACGUAGAUGCGGUUUAUCGGACAUGCCAGAUCCCCGAUAUCGCAGAUCAAGACACAGAAGAUUCACAAUUCACGGACAACCGUGGCCGUACAAAAAUCUCACCUGGAGGUGA